AUGUCGUCUACUCCUCCGUCGCCUCGCGAAGAUGAAGACGUGUCGGCGUCUCCCACGGCAACGAGCUGUGACACAGGGAGGAGUCUGACCCGUCUGCUGCUCCGGCGAGUUCACGAAAACCCGGACGUGUUGGAGCUUCAACUCAUCAAGACGUUCGACUCUGAGAGACUGGAGAUGGCAGUUUACGGCCCGGCGAUCCUCUGCAGCUUCUGGUUCCUUCUGACGGGUGCUCAAGAUCCAACUGUGACAUACCAGUUUGCAAGAACGUGUGCAGUACUAGGAUCCACCGUCACCAUCCCCUGCAGCUUCACACCUAGAGAGUCUUUCUAUAAAGACGGUAAAGAAAUUCGACUGCGGGUUGUUAGAGUCCUCUGGUGUCAGAACAGUCUGCAGUGUCGAAAGCCCAGCCCAGCUGUGUUUGACAGUAAUUCAACAAACAACGACCCUCGUUACCGAUACCUGGGGGACAUGAAGGGAAUCUGCACUUUACAGAUCAGAGACGUUCAGAGGAAAGACGGCAAAGGACCAGACGGGUCACAAGACGACUCAACGUUUCGCUUCAGGAUAGAAGCUGAUCAUCCUAUAGGAGAUUUCACUAAUUUAACCGGAGUGAUAGUUACAGUUGUUGGUGGGAUUAAACUGAGAAUAAAAACCUCCAGUAACGAGUCCAGACGAGGUCAAUCAGUCUCUCUGCAGUGCACCUCUUCAUUCUGCACCUUCCACCACCUGAAUGUCACCUGGUUCAGAGAUGGCCACGCCCUCCCAGAGUCUGGACACGCCCUCCAGCUCGGCCCUCUGACUGCAGGGGAUUCUGGGAACUACACCUGCGCUCUGAGCACGGACGUGAACACACGGUCUGACCCGUUCAGCCUGCAGGUGGAGGACGGAGACGGAGACGGAGACGGUCCUGAGGAUGGAGGUAAGACCCGGCGUCUGGCCCUGAUCCUGGGCGGCGUCUCCGGCGUCCUGCUGGUCCUCGUGGUUCUGGUGCUGCUCUGCUUCACUCUGAGGAAACGAGCAGCGGCCAAGCAGCAAAGCAUCAUGGGAGCUGAGACAGAACUCAAGGUUAGUCCAGGAAUUCAGUCUUGUUGUUUCUGGAGGAAGCUGGAAAAGUCUGAUCUCUACGGUUCACGCUGCUACCGAUGGUGA